AUGUGGCUGUACUCGACCUUUGACAACGUCGACGGAAAGCAGGCGCGGCGGACAGGCACAUCGAGCCCGCUGGGCGAGCUGUUUGACCAUGGCUGCGACGCGUUGAACUGCACGAUUGCGGGGAUCGUCGAGGCCUCGGCGUUUGGAUGCGGAAUUUCUUGGCAGACAGUGACCAUUAUUUUCCUGACCACAUCGACAUUCUUCCUCUCGACCUGGGAGGAGUACCACACGGGCGUCCUGACGUUCGCCGUGUUCGCGUGCUUUGCGUCGGGAAUCUGGGGCCCGGGAUCUGGCAUGUUCAUGGAUGCUGCACUGUUCGUUACUGUCCUGGCCGCUGUCUUUGGCCACUACGGCGUGUGCUGCUGGAACGUGUACAAGGCAUGCAAGGAGCAGAACCGCAGCUUCGCUGCCACCCUGCCCCAGCUCCUCCAGUACGUCGCCUACGCAACCAGCUGCUACGUCUGGCUGACCACCUCGGUCAGCAUCUUCCACAACAACCACCUGGUGCUGUUCCUCGUCACCUCGGGCAUCGUGUUUGGCCGCAUUGUGAGCAAGAUCAUUCUUGCGCACCUCACCGAGAUGCCGUUCCCGUCCUACACCGUUCAGAUGGUUCCGCUGGUCGUCGGCGCCGCACUCUCGUUCUUUGGUUUGUUCUCGGCCAGGACCGAGCUUUUGUUCCUGGUCAUUUCGUUCCUGUUCGUCACAGUCGCGUACUUCCACUGGGCCCUGGUCGUCAUUGAGCGUUUCUGCGAGUUCCUCGGCAUCAACUGCCUCACCAUUGCACCCCGUAAGAAUCGAAAGAAGGCAGAGUAA